GGUUUACUCUGGAAACAACAAACUAAGUGAACGUUUUCGAACAUAGCCACUGAGUUGGGACACGGCGUAUUGAGAUGUCCUUUUUGGCAUAUCCAAUAUGGCGGAGGCUUCGGGGAAGAAGGAAGAAGAAGAAGAAGAAGAAGAAGAAGAAGAAGAAGAAGAAGAAGAAGAAAAAGAAGAAGAAGAAGAAGAAGAAGAAGGUGGAAAAAAGGUCGUUGGGUGCAUUGCGUAGUUUGCACCUAGAAUUUUUCUACUGUUUCAUUUGAGAUCGUAAAAGACUAAGAACACAUCUGAACAAGUCGAUAUAUCAAGGGCAAGGGUUAGAAUCCCAACAACCUGGAAUGAAGUUGUCUCAAAGGGACAGGCUCUCUGAGCUUGUGGAAGAGCUUACCACUUCGGGACAGCUGCGGAUCAACACAGAAAAAAUGAGGGAAGUGAAGAAGAUAUGCAAUUAAGAUCUCUGGUGACAAGCCUCAUGCAAUAUGAUUGACUGCUGGAUCACUAGAGGGCAUGACGCAAAGGACGUGUCUCCGCUGCCGUUUUGGGGUGUCUAAUGACUGCAUCGAUCAUGUCUACCACUCAAUAAUGUCCCAGCUCAACCAAGAACAUGCUGUGAUCCGUCUAUCGGCCUUUCAAAUAGCUAGUGAGCUUUUCCUCAAAUCACAUCACUUCAGAACACUCCUCGUGGACAACUUCCAGGAAUUUUUGGAGUUGACAGUAGAGACAAACUUUGAGCGGCCCCUUCCCCCUCCGAAACUAACAGCGAGGAAACUUCGGUCACUUGCUGUCCAGACUAUCCAGUCCUGGCAAUCCCUGUAUGGGUCGGCGUAUAAGAAGUUGGAACUGGGCUAUCACUUUCUCAAACAUUUUAAAAAGGUGGACUUCCAGGACGCUGAGGCCAGGACAGUAGCAGAGCGUGAAAGAGAGACUAAGAGACAAAGGAAAAUGGAGAGGAUAUACAGUGAGAGACUGAAAGCAGCCAUGAGAGAUAUGGAGGACUCCUCCCCAGAUAUUGAGGUGACGCUGACAGAGUUAGACUCCUGCCUGAUGCUGCUUUGCCCUCAGUUUCCCCUUCGUGACAGCCAUACAACUAAGAGCCAGCUCCAAACAACCACUCAAUGUUUGUCAGAGGAUGAACAGCCCUGUUGCAGUAAAAACGUGAAUGACAGGACAGAGAAGAUAGAUGAGAGCAAGGAAAGGUGGAGGAAAGAAGAAAAUAACAAUUACAAUGAAGAGCAGGAGUGUGUGGGGGGGGGGAAAAAGCAAAAAAGGUGUGAAAAUGAACUGAACAGGAGUGACAAACAGAAGAAAGAAAUGGAAGGAGGACAAAUGUUUAAGAUUAAACACUAUGACAACAAGGACAGAUUUGAAACAGAAGACCAGGGCCCUCUUCAUGAAGACUCUUUUAUCCAGAACUCUGGCCUCAUCUCUCGCUCAUAUUGUCUGGCUUUGAACCUGAGUCAUGAGGUCACCACAGCUUGUCAUCCUUUUCAUAUAUCACAAUGUCAUCUGCGAACAUCAUGGUCCAAGGGGAUUCCAGUCGAACCUCAUCUGUCAGCCUAUUCAUUACCACAGUGUCAGGUUCACUCAUUAAACAGGACAAAAAAGGAAGCAAAGGCACCAGUUCUCGUCUCGCGAGGUCCUCAUAUAAAGGAGACGGAGGAUAAUGAAGCUAUAUUUUCCACAUUGUUAGAGCUACAGAGACUACUAAAAACCAAGCACCUACCAGCUGUGCGUCAUUGGGUUCAGGUUUUCACCAAUUCUGGUGCUGAUCAAAGUCUGUUGAGAAGAUCACUGGAUCUAAAGAACUCUGUAGAAGUUUCCCUGCUGAAACUGAGCGAGUUGAACAUCGACUCCAAGACCAAAAUGGCUUCAUCAUUUGAAGAGAGUGAUGACGACAGUGACUUCAUUGAGGUACCAGAAAAAGAAGAGUUGCAAAUGCCAGGACAUAUACAAGUGGAAAGUGGUUCAAGUCUCUUUUCAUCCACUCCAGCAUCAUCUAAGUAUGUCACUAAAAGCAUUGUGAUUGAAACAUCUUCCACUCCACCCCGACCUCCAUAUUCCUACAACACAAGUUUGAAAAGAGUCCAGACAGAUGAGUGGAAUUCAACUUCCGGCACUGCAACAUUCCCCAUCCUCCAAAAGGAUUUUUCGGUGACCAGAUUAUCUAGCCCGUCCUCAGCACCCUUCUACCAACAUACUCUCUCGCCUCCGAAUAUGUCCAAACCAUCGAAGUCUGCUCUACCAAACAACGUGCUAGAAGAAAGUAAAACAAAAAGUAAAGCUCUAAGCUCUUCUCAACCCGGUUCAACUCAGUCCAACAAAGAUCAAAUGGCAUUGAAGGCUCCAGUGGUACCAUUUGGUUUGGAUCUCUAUUACUGGGGAAAGGAGCAGCCUUACGCCGGCAAGAUCACCAAAUUGUCCUCUCAGCAUCAGUUCUGGGUUCCAUCAGAGGUGGUUGAGGAGGUGCAAAACAAGGAGCUUAUAGCUGAGAGCACAUGCAGAUUCAUCACUUUCUCUGGAAAAUUCAUUCCCGUCACCCAUUAUUGUAAUGCACCAUUAGGCAAUGGGAAGCUGUGUAAAAGACAGGACCGACUGAAGUGCCCUUUUCAUGGUCGUAUGGUUCCGCGAGAUCAAGAGGGUCGGCCCUGCAUCCAGGAGGACUGUCAGAGAGAAGAGCAGGAUUGGCGGAAGAAAAAGAAUCCACAUGACUGGCAUGAUCCAGGGCUACUUCGAGACAUUGAGAUGGAAAGAGGACAAAAGCUAUGUUCUGACAGAAUGGCUAAACCGGGAAAAGGAAAAAAGAAAAAAUACCCCAACCUCAGUAAUCUGAAGCAGAGCGCCAACACAUCACGGUCUCGGCUUGAGAAACGGAUAUUCAAUAAGAGCGCCAUGCACAGAGUUGCCCAGACGAUGAAUAAAGUUGACUGCAAAAAACACGAAAAGUUUUCCAACCAGUUCAACUAUGCCCUGAAUUGAUCAUCAGUUUUGUAUCAUUGGUAUUGUUUAUGAACAAUUGCAUAACAUAAUCUUACUUCAAUCACAUAAUUUGAGAAAAUAUGUUAAUUAUGCGGCGACAUGUGGCCGACUGGUUAGCAUAAUUCUGAGGACUCGGGUUCAAAUCCGGCCUCACCUGUGUGUACUUUUCAUGUUGCCACCAUGCCUGCGUGGGUUUUCUCCAGGUACUCUGGUUUCCUCCCACAUCCCAAAAACAUGCAUUGUCGGUUAAUUAGAGACCCUAAAUUAUGCGUAGGUGUGAACGUGAGUGCAAAUGACAGAUUCUUUAUUCAAUACUGCAUGGGCCCUGUGAUUAGCUUUUGAACAAUUCAGAAUGCACCCUGCUUCUCUCCUGAAGAUGGCUGGGAUUGGCUCCAGCAUGCCCACGACCCAUGUGUGGCUAAGUGGUACAAAAAAUGAAUGAAUACUGUAAUUUCUCAAAUAUAAUGCAUCCUGAAGUGUAAUGCGCACCCCCAAAGUUGGCCAUAAAAAUCGUGAAAACCCUUCUACCAAUGAACAAUGCACACCACCAAUGGAUAGUUUUCCAAUUAUGCCAUCUUGUGUGUCAUAGAGGUCAGGCGCGCUAUUUUUUUUAAAUGAUUGUAUGAUCGUACUACGUAGUUUCAACUCACGUUGUUUUGGUUCUGGUUUGGUCACGUCAUCGACUGGAGUGAUGACACAUUUCUUUUAAAAGGGGCUGCACAACUAGCCCUUGUAGUCGACAUUUUAUGUCUUCGUUUAAGUUAAAACAAACUCACGGGUAGUCGUUUCUGAUGUUUGGUGCAGUAGCAACAAAUAUGCAACGCUAACAAUUGUAAAAUGACAAAUGACAUUCUGCUGCACACAAAUGGAAUAAGUUGCCAUCAGAGGUGAAGUCAGGCCCAACUGCGAACGUUUUUAAAUCAAGGUUGAAAACUCUUCUUUUGUCUCACGUUUUUUGGAAUGUAUCUACUUUUUGAUCAUAUUACUUGCACUGUAUGCAGUUUUAACUGUCUUUUUUUUUAAUAUUUUGUUUGUCAUUUUUAUUGUUUUUAUCCCGUUUUAAAUGUUUUAUAUCUUUGUUUUCAAAUGCCAUUAAUCAUGUAA